UUUGUCUUCCUGCCCGCAUCUCACCGGAAAGGUCGCCCCGUCUGGCUUUGCCCCGCCCCACGCCUGCUCGUCACUAUCGCCCCGCCUUGCGUCGCCAUUUGUCCGUAGUCGCUGAGCAAACAUGUGGGCUGCUCUCAGGGGGCGGCCGGGGCUCUACUUGGGGCUCCUGAGCGGUGCUCGAGGUCUGCACAGCUCGCCUGUGUCCUGUGGCAAGAACCUGCUCAAGAAAUUUGCUUCGAAAACCAAGAAGAAGUUCUGGUAUGAAGGUCCUUCCCUGGGCUCUCACUUGACCCACAAGUCCUCCCAGUUGGAGUUCCUGACGAAGAGCACCUCUCGGAGAACCCGGAAGGAAGACCAGGUGCGCCUGCGGGCCCUGAACGGCCUCCUCUACAAAGCGCUCACAGACUUGCUGUGCACCCCUGAAGUGAGCCAGGAGUUGUGCGACCUGAACGUGGAGGUCUGCAAGGUCUCUCUGACUUCAGACUUCUCUGCCUGCCGUGUCUUCUGGAGGGCCUCCCUCUCUGAGACUCAGAACGCACACACGGAGGCCGUCCUGCGGAGGAGUGCUGCGCACAUGAGGCAUCUUCUGAUGUCCCAGCAGACCCUGCGGAAUGUGCCGCCCAUAGUGUUUGUUCAGGACAAGAAAUACGCAGCUGUGAUGGAGAUUGAUCGGCUGCUGGCAAUUGCUGAUUUUGGACCCCGGGGUGAAAAAGAAGACUUUGUGCAAAAUGACUUCAGUGACCCCGAGGCCCUGGACGCUGCUUCGCCAAGUGAUACCCUGGGCCCUGCUGCACACUUGAACCUGUGUGGGAUUGACCAUGAGGCACUCAACAAGCAGAUCCUGGAGUACAAGAGGAGGAGAGACCGAGGGCAUGGGAGCAUGGACAACCUGUGGCCAGAGCACAUGGCUCACCUGACGAAGCAGAUGAGGAGGAGGAAGGCUAAGCCCCACGUGGACGAUGACCUCUCUCCCAAGAACUAUCUGCAGGGUGGGGAGUGACAAGCCCCUGGACGAUUGAGGGGCCUCCUGAGGAGUGCGCCCCAGGGUACGAGUGGGGCUCCAAGAAGCAGAGCAGGACCUGAGUUGGAGAGAAAGGACCAGGAGGCAGUGGAUCGUGACCUGGCUCCGGGCGCGUGUGCACUGUGGGUGCCAUCUGCACCCUUUGUGCAGUGUUGCAGGGGAGGCCUGUGGGAAGGGUGUAAAGCCCUCUUGGUGUAUGUCGAGCAGUCAGGCUUCCUUAUUUGGGAUCCACGUGUGCACGUUUGCUCACUCACUGGUUUCUCCACAGCCCCCAGAUCCGUGGCUGCCGUGCUCCCCUGGUCUUCCUGGACGCGCAGACACGUGGACACUUGAGUCCUGGGAUGCACACGUGACCUCUGUUCACAGAGGUGCUGCUUUGCCUGCUUCGUUCACCUUGUACUGUAAAUGGCUGUCCUCUCCGCAGUCAGGUUAGCGCCAUAUUAGUGCCUUUUGAUGGAGAUGUCAGUCCUGGCCCUGAGUUGCUGACGAGUUCUUCUGAAUGUGAGAUUCUGUUCUGUGACUUCCAAAGAGAGUGCGUGUGUUAGAUGAGCCUCGUUAGGAAAUAACCAUCUGAGUCUGACACAGAGAAUGUGUCCUAAACUUGGGGCGUCUCGACUCACCAAGUGUCAGCCUUGAAGUACUGAAAAUGCUACCAACCCAGUUCAGAUGAUUGGAGAAGGGUUCCUGCUGAGAUACAGAAGAGACGUUUGUAGCGCGGCUUUCAGGGUGUGUGAUCCCCCUUCUCAUAACAUCUCUUGGGAAGGUUGCCCAUAUCCCAGCAGCAGUGGUGUGGCCUGGAUGCUCCGUUCCCUGUCGGCACCUGGGACGAGGUGCAGUGCCCUGCAGGGAUGCGGCCCCUGCUGGAGGGCCAGCAAGUGUCCUGGGACACCGGCCAGCCACGUGCGUACCCGCUCUGGGCACAUGGCUGUGCGGCUGGUGCGUGUGGUGCCUUGGAGGGGUGCGGGUACCUGUGUGGGUGUUUCCUUAGGAAGGUGGGUGCUCACACAGCCUCUUGUCCAGACCAGAGAUGUCCAGAAGGAGGACUGGCCAGUGUGAGGAUGUGCACGGGACCUGCGCUGACGGGUGGUGUGGCGCACGUGGGAGCACCCGCCUUGAAGGACUGGGGGUGCCUCUGGGGUGUUUCUGGUGCUCUUGUCUUGCCAGGCUGGAACCAGAGCUCACACACGUGCCCUCGGAGGCUGGAGAAAUGCCAUCUCAGUUCUACCUGAAAGUUCAUGGUGCUGCUGUAGCCUUCGUGUUGAAGGAAAGCUGUGUCGUCUUCUGUAGCUUCCCUUGGGAGGAAGCCCUGCCCUGCAGCAGAGACAGCCCCAAACUGGCCACGACCAGCGGGAUGGCAGCAAGCUUCCCUAGACCUCAGGGCACCUUCCCUUUGUAGUCCUCCCAUCUCUCACACUCAAACACAUUCAGACACACUCAACACAGUGUCUCAGUGUGAGAACAUGCACGCGCACACACAUACCUCUAUACCUUCCCUUUGUAGUCCUCCCAACUCUCAUACAGACUCAUAUACACUCGGACACACACACAGCACAGUGUCUCAGUGUGAGAGCACACACAUGCACACACACACCCCUUCCCUUUGUAGCCCACCCAGCUGACACUCAGUGCAGUGUCUCAGUGCAAGGCUCUUGGUAGCCUUCCGGCUGCUGGGCCCUGAGUCUUGGUGAGAGGAAUCUUGCUGUCUUCCCUCCUAGAACAGCCAUGUACGGUAUAAGGACCGAUUCUGAGCCCCAGGUGCAGAGGGCAGAAGGGAGGUGCUGUCACAUUCCCUGGGGAUGGCAGCUCCGGGUGCCCAUGGACUCUCCUCUAGUAGCAUCCCAGCAGCAGCAGCCUGGACUCCACUUUCCCUAGAAGACUAAGCUCUGUCUAACCAGGAGCUUCGCUGAACCUGCUGUGUGAGCAGCAGCUCUUGAGUUAGCCAUUCAGUGUUUGACUUUACCCUCUGAAGUGCAUGCAGGUAGUCUCACCAGUGUUUGAAGACCUCAGAGUUUUCAGUAGCUGAAGGAAAAACUUGCACCCUACACUAUUUCAUUUAGCUCUGCAUAUCGGUUCCCAGUUUUAUAGAAUGCAGGUCCCUGCCGCAUUGUCUUCAUUUUCAAACUGACUUAUGCAUAGCACCUCUCAACAUGAACUGUGACAUUAUUAGAUCCAGCUUAUUAAAGUAAGAAUAUGUACGGAAGGAACUCUGAAAUGUUCAAUAAAGUCUCUUCACUCA